CCGCGCGCUCCCUUUAUGCCUCCGCCGCGGGAGACAGCGCCGGCCCCCAGACCCCGGGCAAGUUCCAGGAUGAAGGGGCUGGGGCCUGGGAUCGCGAGAAGAUAGAGUGGCCGAAUGCGAGAAGGUCGACACGGCCGGGGGAAUGGACGACUGUGACAGCAGGAUACACUCAGGGCUGGGGCGGUCUGGGAGGGACGGAGUGUGGUUUUUUCAUGGGAGGGGGCCCGAAAGCCGAGGCGCGGCUUCUCCAGACCGCGGGUGGAGGAGGAAGGCUCUGGGCCGGCCAAUCUCUGGUCCCGGGGUUCCUGUCCCCCGCCCCUGCUGGGGCCCGGCACAAAGCGCAUCCCCCAGGAGCUCGGGGCCUGGGGGAGGGGCUGCAGUUGUCUCCUUCAUCGCUUAAUAAAACUGAACCCGCUCAGCCAAGGACGCCCGAGCUGCCGCGCCGCGGAGAGUCGUUCCAGGGACAUUGUCGCCAAGCGUGGCCUCAACCUCCGGGAGAUCCUAACGGCCUGGGCGGGGUCACCGGGGCCUGGAGGCAGGUCGUCAGGAGUGCUAUAUAAGGCCGUAGGCCCUGAGUCGCGGAGCCGUCGGAGCAGGAUCGUUGCGCGCCUGAGAGCGAGUAGCGCACGUCUCGCUCUCGGGCCACAGACACCCAGCCCCGACACAGCCAGCCCGGCAGCUCUUCCCGGUCGCCGCGAGCCCCCAGGAGGUGCCAUGCGGAGCGCGCCGAGCGGACGUGCCUUAGCCCGCGCCCUGGUGCUGGCCAGCCUCUGGUUGGCAGUGGCCGGACGACCCCUGGCCCGGCGCUCUCUGGCUCUCUCCGACCAGGGGCCACACUUGUACUAUGGCUGGGAUCAGCCCAUCCGCCUCCGGCACCUGUACGCCGCGGGCCCCUACGGCUUCUCCAACUGUUUCCUGCGCAUCCGCACCGACGGCGCCGUGGACUGCGAGGAGAAGCAGAGCGAGCGUAGUUUGAUGGAGAUCAGGGCGGUCGCUCUGGAGACUGUGGCCAUCAAGGACAUAAACAGCGUCCGGUACCUCUGCAUGGGCGCCGACGGCAGGAUACAGGGACUGCCUCGGUACUCGGAGGAAGAGUGCACGUUCAAGGAGGAGAUCAGCUAUGACGGCUACAACGUGUACCGGUCCCAGAAGUACCACCUUCCCGUGGUGCUCAGCAGUGCCAAGCAGCGGCAGCUGUACCAGAGCAAGGGCGUGGUUCCCCUGUCCUACUUCCUGCCCAUGCUGCCCCUGGCCUCUGCGGAGACCAGGGACCGCUUGGAAUCCGAUGUGUUCUCUUUACCUCUGGAAACUGACAGCAUGGACCCGUUUGGGAUGGCCAGUGAAGUGGGCCUGAAGAGCCCCAGCUUCCAGAAGUAACCAGGGCUCCGACAGUGCCCGGUGACGAUGACCCCGUGUCCCCCUGAGUGUAGCUUUAGGAAGGAUGUUAGAAGUUGUACAUAAUCUGUGCGUCUUGCAUGGUGGCGCCCGUUUCUAGCAGAUAGACUUGCCUGAUCCUGUUCGUAGCAUUGAAAGCCCCGCACCUGCCCACCUGCCCUCCAAGCCCCCGCCCGUCCCUCAGCCCCACGUGGCUCUGCUGGAGGCCCUCUGCUGACGGGGAGCCCACUGUCCCUCAACUCUGCCUGCCACACGGACUUCCCUCCUCCUUUCUUGUCGUUUUUGGCAGAUGGUGUCAGCUCUGUGCACUGUCUGGGGACCAUGAUGCGACCCCACGCGAGAAUCCAUUCAGAUCUUAACUCUGGAAGCUAGUUCCCUUUCCCCACGUGCCCCUGGCCAGAACGGUCAGACAGACUCAGGAGCAGGCGGAGCCUGCAGCCCCAGGAAAUUUGGGAGCUCUCCUGAGAUUCUGGACAGAGGACUCCAGGGCUCGCCGCCCCGGGACGGCUCUCCUCCUGUCCGCCUUGUCCAGUAGCCAGCAUCCUGCACAGAGGAGCCUCUGAGCCAGGAGCAGGGCCGGUUCCCCUGGGGGGGGGGGUGGCCAAGCUGCCACCUCUGCCCCAGCUCAGAGGGAUAGGCAGCAGAGAUGGUUAGUCCCAGUGGCUCCAGGGGUCCUGGGAGAUGGCACCCCACAGUCUGCCCUCUGACGACGCUCCAGCACCUCCCCUUGGGCUGUGGAUGUCCACCCAGAAAGACCAAGGCGCUCACGGGUCACUCAUUCCAUUUCCCUGGCUCUUGUACAGCCGCUCGUCCCCAGUCAUUGUGUGGACAAGCCACUGCCUCGUGGCAGCACCCACAGCUCUCUGUCAACCCGAGGAAGGAAGGUUUGGAAGCCCCGAGUCUUGCCAACAAGCCGUGGGAGCGUGGGGAGGCUUGGCGCUCUGUCCCCAGCACUUAGUUUCCAGCGUGAUAUUUAUGAGUAAUUUAUUUUUUUAUUUUCUUACUUUAUUUAUACCCCCAAAUUAUAUUUAUGUACACGAGGUUUUGUUUUUAUACAUUAAAGCAGAGCUGGUUUGUA